CAUUGACAGUUCUCGUACAAUUGCCGCUCACCAACUUACAUUCAACGCAGGCUCAAUAGCAGAAGCCGCUCUUCUCAAGGUUCCUAUGAUUCCCGCCGGUGCCUGUAAGGAUUCAAUUCCGCUGACCGUAGAAAUCACAGUUGCACAUGACGUCAGCAUUGGACAAGGGCAUGACAGCGAUAUCAGAUAUGGCGUGUCAGACGGUACUAGAUUUAUUGGGUUUGAAACAACUGACAAGGGGAAUUACAUCAAUCAUUCUCCAUGCUACGGAUUGGAAGGGUUUUCUGGCCCUACUUUGACAUCUGCUCGACGUGAACCGGUUCUCCCUAAACCCAGCGACUCUUUCUACCCCGGUCAGUUUGUCUUCACUCUCAAGCUGGAUGAACGCUGGGGCUCGUGCUACCUUGCGCAUGACGGAGGCUUUGUGAGGACCGCUGGCUACAACAACCGGCUAAUGUUUAGUAAGGGACUCUCCCUUGAAGUCUAUAAAAGUGAUAAAGAAGAGAAAGUUGGAAUCAAGUACGUCAAGGUCGCAAUCAAGCGAGAUGCUUAGAGGGAGAAAUCUUGAAAAGCAGCACAAUUAAUGUAAUCGGCAUCACUAGAAUUGUCACGAAUUGACCUUAAGGGAACUUUAGCAGUAGAAAGUCAGAAUAAAAGUAAUAUUGGGAGUUGAUUAUUUGUGAAAUUAUAAAUUGAUGGAAACUUCA